AUGGCAACAACACCAAUUGGAUUGAAUAGAAUCAGUGGUUUGAGUUUCGUUAACAUGUGUGGUUUUGGAUACGACAACAAGAUUGAUGAUUAUAAGGUAGUAAGAAUUGCAGUUCCUUAUAAUAUUGCUGACAUUAUGGUUUCUCAAGUCGAUGUUUAUACACUGGUCUCGGUUUCAUGGAGAAUGGUCAAAGACACACCUUACGAAAUUAUAGGUAGAUCACCGGAAGAAGUGUUUGAUAAAAUACCAUAUUUAGUAACUUUUGAAGAGUUUGAACAUAAACGUGUCGAUACAUUGGAAGGGUCAUUAUGCAUGCUUUGUAGUUCUGCUGUUGGUUUUGAGGUAUGGAUGAUGAGUGAGUAUGGAUUUGGUGACUUUGGGACCAAACUCUACAGCAUUUUCUGGCUUCUGUUACCGAAGAUAGUUGAUAUUGUUCCAUCCUUUCUGCACUUAAGGCGCAUACAAUCGUUAAGGAAUGGGGAAUUCUUAUUAGAGAUUCAGUUAAGUAGCUAUUAUGCGGGUUUAUCUUUUUAUGACCCAAAACAUGAAAAAGCUCGAGUCAUGAUAAUCAAUCAAGAUACUAUUUGCCAAAAAUGUGUUUUUGGCGUUACAUGA